AUAGCUUAGUAUUUUUCUUUUGCGCCCAAAUUUUGUCAGCUUGUCCAGGCGAAUGAUGCCCUCAUCCACUCUAGGCAAGAGGUUUACAUGAGGGGGUGAGAGCACACUGACCAACUGCCAGGUGUUUUUUCCCCCUUCAGCUUUUGAAUUAGAUGUUUUACUCUGAUGUUAGAAUCCUCCCCUACUGUCCCCCAAUACUGCUCUCAAUAAAUGAGAAGCCCACGUAUGAGGGGUGAGCUGAAGAGCUGUUCAAAGAUAGGCUCUCACUCUUACUAAAACCCAUGUGCUUACUUCACGUGCAAGCCCUUGGUUUCAGACUCUUGGGCUAUUUUCAUUCUACUGUAACCCCCCUGGCGCGCGGUUCUGCCUCAUGAAACGACACAUGGUGGUGCGUGCCGCGUCUUGGACAGCAAGGGCGCAUAAUGCAUAGCCUAGCGGUUUAGUUAAGAAAGCAACAUGCACGAGUGCUAGAGAAAGAAGAGAAUUUGAUACAGUGUGUGUGUGUGUGUGUGUGGAGAGGAUGCGGUAGGAGGGAUUAGGGGUAUCCAUCCACAUGUGAGUGAGGCUGAGCGCUGUGUAAGGUGAGCAGUCCAGUCCAGGAUCCCCUCGCCAGCACUCCCGUGUGCGCACCCACUCCACAGCUGUUGCUGCUGCUGCUGUAGACUGACGACUGAUGCGGAGCAUCCUUAACGUGUAUCUCUCACCUUAGCCACGCAAAACGAGACCACAUUUAAGCUGGUUUACUAACACACCCGAGGAUUUAUUUUAUUGGUGUAAUCUGAAGAGGGUCAUUUUCUCGGACAGAACAACAGUGGACUUCAGAGAUGGUGAUUUUGAAUGGUUACAGCUUUUUUAUGCUGCUGUGCUGUGCAACGAUUUGUGACUGCUUUGAUGGGACGCAGGGCUGCAUAGAGCGCCACCGUGUGGUGGGAAUCCUGCGGCAGAUGGAGCGUUUCCUGAAGGGCCAGGAGGUGCGCUUCACCGAGGGCCUGCGCAUCAUGAAGUCCAAGCUCACCAACCUGCAGAACUCCGUCUCCAAGUUUCCACAGGCUGACGAGUCCUCUCCCCCGCUCGCAUGUCCGGUCCUGGAGGCUCCAGAGAAUGGGAGGAAAUUUGGCUCCAAAUACCUGACUGGCCACGAGGUGCACUUCACCUGCUCCCCGGGAUACCAUCUGGUGGGCCCCGCCACGCGCCUCUGCCAGGAGGAUGGCACCUGGAGUGGGGAGAACGCAGGCUGCAAAGAUGUGAGUGAGUGUGCCAGUAAUCCGUGUCAGAACGGUGGCACGUGUGUGGAGGGCACCAAUCAGUACAAAUGCAGCUGCCCACACAACUGGACCGGGAGCCACUGCCAACACCAGACGCAGACAGCGCCCCCUGAGUGGAGUGUGACUAACGACCCGGCGUUCAGCCGGCGCCCGCGCUGUGCCAAGGUGGACCAUGCCCAGCACUGCAGCUGUGACGCAGGCUUCCACAUGAGUGGCACCAGUGACAACAGCAUCUGCCAAGAUGUAAACGAGUGUGAGGUGUAUAAGACAGAGCGGGGAGGCCAGCUGUGUGCGUACGCGUGCGUGAACGUGCCGGGCUCCUACCACUGCUCCUGCCCAGAGGGAUACCGGCUACUGCCCGACGGACGCAGCUGUGAAGAUGUGGACGAGUGUCUUACGCAACAGCACAACUGCUCCCACGGCACGACCUGCAUCAACACGGGUGGAGCCUUCCAGUGCGUGAGCCCCGAGUGCCCGCGCCCCUACGCCAACGUCAGCUAUGUCAAGACCUCGCCCUUCCAGUGUGAGCGCAACCCGUGCCCCAUGGACAGCCGCUCGUGCCACCUGGCGGCCAAGACCGUGUCCUUCCACUACCUCUCGCUGCCCUCCAACCUCCAGACGCCGGCCACACUCUUCCGCAUGGCCACCGCCUCCGCGCCGGGACCGCGCCGGCCGGGGCCCGACAGCCUGCGCUUCAGCAUCGUCGGGGGCGGCGGCGGCGACAGCAGCGGCGGCGGCACGCGUGGCCUGUUCGUCAUGCAGCGCUCCGACCGGCAGACCGGCGAGCUGAUCCUGGUGCAGCCGCUGCAGGGCCCGCAGGAGGUCAGAGUGGACAUGGACAUGGCCGAGUACGCCGAGCGCAACUUCCAGGCCAAGCACGUGGCCAAGGUCCGCAUCAUGGUCUCGCCGUACAACUUGUGAGUGUGUGUGUUGGGGGGGGGGGUUGUGUGUGCGUGCGGAUGUGUUAGGAGCGGGAUUGGAGAUUUGAAGGUUGUGAGUGUUUAAAUCUUGUGUGUGUGUGUGUGUGUGUGUGUGUGUGUG